AUGCGUCGUACCUUUUGUCGUUUUUCUACUCUUGUGAAAAUAGGCCGCGGUGCGGAAAAUGUAACGGAAACGGCUAGUAAUGCGUUAUUAGAGGCCCUACAAGUACAUGGUUACUGUUAUGUGCAGCAUCCAUUUAUUCAAAAAGAGAUAUUGGAUCAACUUCAUCGCGAUAGUCGUCAGUUCUUUGAGCGUUACAUUCUUGAUCUCCCCCCUGCGGUGGCGACGCCGAGUCCCGCUGGUGGGAAGCGCCCCGCCCCGCGAACGGAUAUUCUUCCCAUGACUCCGCACGAGUUGGAGAAACUCACGACGCCGUCUGGUUUCCGCGGGUACUACCGCUACGUUGGGGCGAGUGGGGUGGACGAUGCGAUUGAGUGCUUCUCCGUCGGCCGCGAGGUGCCCAACCCGGCGGAGCUGCGGGAGCCGUACUACCGGCUGAGCGGCUGGGCCCCGGCGGAGUACACGCCGCUGAUUGCGCGGCCGACGCCGUGGGAGGUGCUGCUCGAGCACCCGUGCGCAGGCGGCGGGCGGGGGAGCGACACGUUCAUGGCGGACUAUCGCGAGAUGCUGCUCGCCUAUUAUGAUCUCUGCGCCGCCGUCUCGCUGGAUGUGCUGCGGCAUAUCAGUUGUGGGCUCGGCGUGCGGCCAACCACACCGCAGGGGGGCGCCGAUCCAAACAGCGAUUACGAUAUGGACUUCUUCACACCAUUUCACGACCGCUGCGAUUGUGAUCUGCAGGCAAAAUAUUAUCCGCCACUCGGACACGUCGUGCGGGGCGGACGCACACAAGGCGUGGAGGUGCGGGCAGGCGCAAAGGUGAUUCGACGUAAAGGACCACUCGCCCAACCACACAUCAACAGCAAUAAUAAUAACAACGGCAAUAAUAAUAAUAAUACUAAUAAUAAUAACAGUGAUGAGAUGGUUCGCCUUGAUACACACAAGGAUCUCAGUACUGUUACACUACUCGCACAGGAUGCCCUUGGUGGUUUAGAAGUAUGGGAUGAUGAGGAGGAAAAGUACAUUACGGUGCCUGUACUUAAUGAUGCGCUACUGGUUAACGCUGGUAUAUUUCUUGAGAAAUGGACAGGUGGUCUGCUGGAGGCAACACCGCAUCGUGUGCGAAGUGUGAAGGAUGGCAGCAGUCGCUGCAGUGUUGUCUUUUUCUGUCUGCCCAAUCACGAUGCGAAGGUGGAACCGCUGCUGCAGCAGGAUGAGAAUCCUGCAUUAGAUGCACAAGAGGGAUUCUACGCCGGUGAUUUGAUGCCAACCGCACAGUAA